AGUGCUUGAUUCUCCAUUGACUUCAGUGCAAUUCUGUGUUUACAACUGUAUUUAUGACACUCUACCGUUAAACUUUCAUGACUGACAGCUUAUUCUUCUCAAAGGAACAGCGUUUAUCACGUAAACCGCCCUCAGAGGAACAUCUGAUCGAGGUUUGAGGCAACUUUGGAUAAAAUGAGUCGAAGCCGGAACCCUCCGCCGAAGGGCCAAGGGGCCGCCAGGGCCAAACAGAUGGGACUGCUGUUGGAUUUGGCCCCUGACAGUGGGCUGGAUGACUCUGGAGGAAAUGAGGAGGAGUUAGAGGCGGAGCUUCUGGCCCUGGUGGGAGGUGGAGGAAAGGGCGGGCCAGCGGGCAAGAAGGGUGGAGGGAAAGCUCCAGUGCCCAUGGAGGACAUCGAGCGGAUGGCAGCUCUGUGUAUGAAGGAUCUGGAUGAAGACGGAGAUGAUGACGGGGAUUUGGAGAAUGAUGCUGAUCUCUUAGCCGAGCUGAAUGAGGUGCUAGAAGAGGAAGUGGUGAGGAAACCCCCUCCAUCACCAGCACCCCCUCAGCGCUCAAACGCAGCGCCUCGGUCAACCCCUGCAUCCCAGAGUGCUCCAGCUAGUCUGGAGUCUCGCCUGCAAGAGCGCAUCGACAUGUACCAAACAGCCAUCGGCAACGCCAAGGCAGCAGGAGAGACCAGCAAAGCACGCAGAUACGACCGCGGACUGAAGACUCUCCAGUCAAUGCUGACAUCAGUUAAAAAAGGGAAACCCGUCAAUGAAGAAGAGAUGCCUCCUCCGGUGGCCACUGGUGGAAAACCCUCUCCUGUUCCACAGGCCGAGCCAAUCAGAGAGCAGGACAAGACUCCUCCAGCAUACACUCCACCUCAGACGACCAAUGAGAAGCCAUUGCAGGAGGCCAGACCAGUCGCACCACCCAAACCUCAACUACUACAGCCUCCCUCACAGAGAUCAACAGCCAUAACGCCUGAUACACCAGCCAUAUCACCCCUCACACCCAGCCAGCCCAAUGCGCCACACUCAGGGCCCAAAGCGAGUAUAUUAAACAGACAGAGAGAGUAUAAACUGGCAGCCAUACAGGCCAAACAGAGCGGAAACACAGACCAGGCCAAACAACUCUACCUCAUCGCCAAGAAAUUAGACUCAAUGGUGGAGACUGUUGACAAAGGGGAGUUUUUCGAUAUAAGCUCUCUGCCGCCCCCUCCUGGAGAGGUUGAAGUGCCACAUUCAAACCCUCCUCAGAUGUCUACUAAACCAGCCGCUCCCCCUACUGCACCAACGGCUGCCCCAAACACAACUCUCUCGGCUCCUCGGAGUGUUGGCGAGGCCUUACAGCAGCGCAUGGACAAAUACAAAGAAGCUGCUGAAAGCGCCAAGAGCAAAGGAGACGAUCGCAAGGCACGCAUGCACCAGCGGAUAGUCAAGCAAUAUCAAGAUGCCAUAAAAGCUCAUAAAGCAGGACAGCCGGUGAAUUUGGCAGAUCUUCCUGUUCCACCAGGUUGUCCUCCGCUACAGGGCACUGAGGGAGGUGGUCAGAAUUUUAUGGGCGUCCUGGAGACCGCAAUGAAACUGGCCAAUCAGGACGAAGAUGAAGACGAGGAGUCACCGAAGGAAACAACAAAGCCAUCAGCUCAACCUGCUGUUCAGAAAUCAAGAGCUCCCGCUCCUCCAAAAGCAUCGUCGACCGCAGGAACGCCCACUGGCUCAACAAACACCCUUAAACUGGGGGGGAAAGCCCAGCAGCAGUUGGAUUUCUUGACGAUGCGCCGGCAGCAGUUUGUGAAGGCAGCGUUGCGCUCUAAAGAGAUGAAGGACAUGCAGGGAGCCGCUCAGCACCUCAGAAACGCUAAAGGCCUGGAUCCCAUGAUUAAUGCUGCCAAAGCAGGACUUCCUGUCGACAUCACCAAGGUGCCGAGCGCUCCUGUCAGUGAGGAAGACUACAGACUCUCUCAAUCUCGCUCAUCUUCUCUCUCCCCUCGUUUAGCUGAGCAGUACGCUCAACUCAUGGGGCAGCUCAAACAACAACAUGAGAAAUGCCUUGCCUACUCCCAGCAGUUCACACAUUUGGGGAAUGUAGCAGAAACUGCCAGGCUUGAGAAGUUGGCUGAAGAAUGCAUGAGUAAUAUUGAACUGCUGAAGAAAUCUCACGCUAAAGGAAAAUCAGUUCCUAAGUUCCACUCAGAGGAGCGCACCUUCAACGCUGUCAAGAUCAAUCCUAACCUUACGGCCAAUGACAUGGCACUAAUCAUCGUGAAAGGAAUCAACCUUCCAGCUCCUCCAGGAGUUUCAGUCAGUGAUCUGGAUGCAAGUGUGCGCUUUGAGUUUCCUUUCCCCAGUGCGGAAGAGGCUCAGAGAGACAGAACUAGCACUGUGAAAAACACCAACAGUCCAGAGUUUAAGGAACAGUUUAAGCUGAACAUUAAGCGAGAUCAUCGAGGCUUCAAGAGAAUUGUACAGACCAAAGGCAUAAAGUUUGAGAUCAUACACAAAGGUGGUCUCUUUAAGACAGAUAAAGUGGUGGGAAGUGCUCAGCUGAAACUGGAAGCUCUGGAGAACCAGUGUGAGAUCAGAGAAAUCAUUGAUGUGCUGGAUGGGCGGAAGGCGACGGGAGGGAAAUUGGAGGUGCGUGUGAAGAUCCGAGAGCCGCUGGGUGGAGUUCAGCUACAGUCGGUGACAGAGAAAUGGCUUGUCAUUGACCCCUUGACCCCCUCACCUGAGAAAGAGAGAGACCGAGAGAGAGAACGGGCCCCUUCACCAAGAUCCAAACCCAGAAAUGAUCACGACAGGAACAGCAAACCAAGCUCGUCGCCGCCGCAAUAUAAACUGCACAGCUUCAGUCUGCUGAACCACGACAAAGAAAGAUUGGAGUGGAAGAUCAGUGAUUGUAAGAAGAACAGACAAGACCCAUCAGAACUGAUCAGACAGCACAUGGACGUCUGUCAACGACUUCAUUGGCAGAAGUCAUACCUGGAGAGACACCCUGCUGCACUGAUAGAAUAUGAGAAUGUGCUGCGGAAGUUUGUUCAUGGUCUCUCGGAUUCGGUGAAAAUUUUUUCCAGUCAAGGCAACAGGGAUGCAGCAAAAGAUGCUCUCGGCCGACUGAAGAAGGUGGAGAAUGAGCUGGAGUCAGUGAGGAAAAAACGAGGCAUCAGAGAGUGAAGAAACGUGUCAAGUGGCGAGACUGUCGGCGGAAAAACUGUUCACAUCACUAAUGAAAUCAUGAGAUUAUGAAUUGAUACUGGCAGAUACAGAGCUGCAGAGGGGAACAGAACUAAACACUAUAUCACACAAAUAUUUAAAGGUAUAGUUCACCCAUAAGAGUAAAUUCUAUCAAGUCGUUCCAAACCUGCGUGACUUACUUUCUUUCAUAGAACACAAAAAAGACACGUUAAAGAAAUGUUGAGGUGCUUUUUUUCCAUACAACGAAAGAAGACAGUGACCACAAAAUGUCAAAAAGCAUAAUAAAUGUACCAUGAAAGUCUUCUGAUUUAGCAUGCUGCGUUCUGAUCAGUCAAGUGACAUGCUUGAACCAAUGACCUUCAGAAUUAAGAUUCAAAACUGGAACGUGUUUCCAUUCACCAUAUUUUAAUGCAUGUAAAUGAAGUUUUUGAGCUGUGGCAGAGGGCAAGAUUUUCAUUGACUAAUGACUUAUAUCUCGAUCAGAUUGUAUGUUAAGGUGCAUGUUCACUUUCAUUGUAUGGAAAAAAGUAGCUCGGACAUUCAGCUGAAAUAUAGAAAGUCAUAUGUGUUUGGAACGGCAUGAGUAUGAUGUUAUUUUCAUGGGUGAACUGAUCCUAAAGCACCUUUAGAAUUGCUGCUCUCAAAUCUUCAGAACACUCCUUGUUGCUCUAUAAUUCUCUUUUGUAAGGAGAGACGUCUGAAUGUUAAAUAAGUGUGGAAGCUUGAUCCCACCUAGGAAUACCGUUUUUAAAAAGGUAAUUCUGACUUUUUGUCUCACAAGUGUGACUUCUCAUCUUUGCAAGUUUAUUUCUUGUAAUUGCAAGUUUGCUAGACAUAAAAUCGAAAUUGCGAGAUGUGAAGUCACAAUUCCAAAAUGUAAAAUAACAAUUCCAAGAUAUAAACUCACAGUUCCGAGAGCUGAACUAAACAUUAUGAGAUAUAAGGUCAAGAAAUAAUAAUUACAAGAAAGUCAGUUCCAACAGUGAACUUGCAAUUACGUGAAGAAAACUCGGAACUCCGAGAUGUGAAGUCAGAGUUCCCAGGGGUGAAUUCAAAUUUAUGCGUUUGUAUCUUGUAUUCCAAGAUACAUAGUCACAAUUCCGAGAGGUGAACUAAAAUUUAUGAGAUACAAAGUCACAAUUACGAGAUAUAAAGUCACAAUUCCGAGAUACAUAGUCACAAUUCCGAGACAUAAAGUCAAAGUUUCAACAGUGAACUUGCAAUUGCAAGAUAUAAAGUCACAAUUCCGAGAUACAUAGUCACAAUUCCGAGAUAUAAAGUCACAAUUCCGAGAUACAUAGUCACAAUUCCGAGAUACACAAUCACAAUUCCGAGAUACACAGUCACAAUUCCAAGAUACACAGUCACAAUUCCGAGAUACAAAGUCACAAUUCCGAGAUAUAAAGUCACAAUUCCGAGAUACAGUCACAAUUCCGAGAUACACAAUCACAAUUCCAAGAUACACAGUCACAAUUCCGAGAUAUAAAGUCACAAUUCCGAGAUACAGUCACAAUUCCGAGAUACACAAUCACAAUUCCGAGAUACACAGUCACAAUUCCAAGAUACACAGUCACAAUUCCGAGAUACAAAGUCACAAUUCCGAGACAUAAAGUCAAAGUUCCAACAGUGAACUUGCAAUUGCAAGAUAUAAAGUCACAAUUCCGAGAUACACAGUCACAAUUCCGAGAUACACAGUCACAAUUCGAGAUAUAAAGUCAAAGUUCCAACAGUGAACUUACAAUUGCAAGAUAUAAAGUCACAAUUCCGAGAUACAAAGUCACAAUUCCGAGAUAUAAAAUGGUUAUUCUGAGAUGUGAACUUGCAAUUACGAGCCGUGAAUUCCGAAAUAUAAACUAAAUUCUGAUAAAUAAACUCGCAAUUACGAGAAAUACAAUUUAAAUUGUGAGGUUUAAUGUCAGAAUUGCUUUUUUAAAGGUGUGUUUGUUCCGUGAUAGCAUCAAGGCUCCAUAAUUAAGAAUAUAAGUGUGAGAUCCAACUCGUUUGUAUUGGGCUGAUCUCACUGUUUGUGCAAACAUGAAGCGCCAUCAUGCGCUAAAAUGUGUUGUAUAUAAAUCCCAUCAGUCACUGAUCAGGAAACCAGUCUGUGUGGAACAAGCUCAAUCCAAUCAAGCUUUUAUGCACUACAAAAAACACAAGCUGAUCUUUUUGUAACUUUUUUUCUUUCGUCUUCCAUCAACCGAAAUCAUUUACCUUCCCUUACCUCUCUCUCUCUCUCUCUCUCUCUCCCUCUCUCUCUCUUUCACAUGUAUAAAUGCUGUUAAUCUGUGCUUUAUAAAAGUGUCUUUACUGUAAUCUGUGUCCUACAAUAUUCCCAGAUUAGGAUAAUACCUCUGCGUGGCUAUGAUAUGGGAAUAAUCUUGGCACUCCUGUGUGUGUGUGUGUGUGUGUGUGUGUGUGUGUGUGUGUGUGUGUGUGUGUGUGUGUGUGUGUGUGUGUGUGUGUGUGUGUGUGUGUGUGUUAGAUGGAGAA